AUGGCCUCCCUUUCGCGAACGUGUCUACUACGGCAAGCAUCGACAUGCCUACGACAGAGCCAGCCAACUCCCGUACAACGCUGCCGUAAUGCCGCACUUCGAAGAUUGCUGUCAACGCUGGCUGUGCUGGAGCAAAGAGAAGGCAAAUUGAACAUGUCAUCUCUAGCGUCAGUGUCUGCCGCUCAGAAGCUCGGCGGCACUAUUCAUGGCAUCGUCGCCGGCAGCAAUGUCAAGCCAGUUGCCGAAGAAGCCGCCAAGGUUGAAGGACUGGAGAAGGUUAUCUUCGUCGAGAAUGGCGCAUACGACAAAGGACUACCAGAGAAUUAUGCGCCGAUGCUUGUCGAGAACAUCAAAAAGGGCGGCUACACACAUGUCUUGGCUGGUCACUCCGCAUUUGGAAAGAACCUAAUGCCGAGGGUCGCCGCGAUGAUGGACGUGCAGCAGGUGUCAGACAUCACAGAUGUAGAGAGUGAAGAUACAUUUGUGCGACCCAUCUACGCAGGCAACGCCAUCCUAACAGUGCAAUCGGUAGACAGCCCGAAGAUCGUUACAGUUAGAGGCACAGCAUUUCCAUCAGGUGCGGCAGAAGGUGGCUCGGCAUCCGUGGAGGAAGGUGUCGACCCUAAAGCCCCGUGUCCGACGGAGUGGGUAUCGGAAGACCUAGCAAAGUCAGAUCGGCCAGAUCUUGCAACAGCAGAGAAAGUCGUCUCAGGUGGCCGCGGUCUGAAGUCUAAGGAAGAGUUUGACCGAUUGAUGCCGCCUCUUGCCGACGCAUUGGGAGCUGCGAUCGGCGCGUCGCGGGCUGCCGUUGAUUCUGGAUUCGCAGACAAUUCUCUACAAGUUGGCCAGACCGGGAAGAAUGUGGCACCGCAGCUGUAUCUCUGCGCCGGUAUCAGUGGAGCAAUCCAGCAUUUGGCAGGUAUGAAGGACAGCAAGGUCAUUGCUUGUAUCAAUAAGGACGCAGAUGCACCCAUCUUCCAAGUCGCGGACGUCGGGCUCGUAGGAGAUCUGUUCGAGAGGGUUCCAGAGCUGACUGAGAAGCUCAAAAGUCAAUAG